AUGGCAAUUACACAAGGAACACCAGAGUACUUUAGUGAAAGAAAGAAAUCCCCCGCGUGUGGCAGUGAUUUAGCAGCAAUGAUUGGUGUUAACCCCUAUAAAACCCCAUUGCAAGAAAGAGAAGAUAGCAUAUUGGUUAACUCCCAAUACUUUCCACUAGAUCCCAAUGGUUCCUGCCAAACCUAUAUAGGAGAUUUACAAAAUCAACUCUGCAAUGGUUUUUUAGUAAACCCCAAUAGUGUUUACAUCAACUCGACCUCAACUCAAGAAGAAAUACGUAACUUUGGAUAUUUAGUUCGUCUUGCUAUUAAUAUUAGACCUGUUGAAUCAUGCAAAAACUCGUCCGAUACUUAUAAAUUUUUAUGUUCAUAUCUUUUUCCAGAAUGUGCAGAAUAUACUGAUCCUAUUACAAAAAAAACAUAUGCAUACCCACUUUUACCCUGUAAUGAUAAUUGUGUAUCAAUGACUAAAACGUGUCAAAUAUCAUCUUCAAGAAUCAACUGUAAUAUGAAGGAAACAGUUAUUGUAGAUGGUACCAAUGUCUCUUUUCCUUACUUUCCCAAAAAUUCAACAUCUUAUGGUAUAAAUGCACCAACAUUUUCAGAUUCUUGCAUUAAUACUACUAAUAUUGUAUCACAAAACACCACUAUUCAGAAAUGCUAUCCUCCUUUAGUUUAUCAUGUUACAAAGGACCAGGUUUAUGAUGAAUCAAUCGGUUAUAUAUUUCCAUCUCCAAAUUCAUCAUGUGUUGUAAAUUGCCCCGCACCACUAUACUAUCCGAAUCAAUGGAGAAAUUUAUUCAAGCUAUCUGAUGUACUGUCUAUUUUAUCUUGUAUAUUAACAUUAUUUUUGGUAAUUACCCUAGGUGUUAUUAAUCCAAAGUUAUCAAGAUUUGAUAAAAUUAAUGUUGCACUUUUGACUUCAAUUUUUUGCCAAUCUUUUUCCGGUGCAUUAUUAACCUUUAAUGGUACAGAGAAAACAUUAUGUCCUGAACCAGGACGUUUUGCUUCACAUAUAGACGGUGUUUGUGUUGCAUCCGCAUUUAUCUUACAUGGAACCUCACUUUUAGUUGUACAAUGGUGGUGUAUUAUGUCUUUUGAAAUUUGGUUUACAAUUUUUCAAGUUGGUAGAAAGCAAAAAGAUAGAUUUAUUUAUUAUUUAAUUUCAACUAUAAUUAUAGCUUGGAUCCCACCAAUCGUUGCUAUUUCAAAUUCACAAUACACAGGAGGUCCUCAAAUGCCUUUUUGUUGGAUGAAUAACUUUAACUAUCAAAGAUUUUCAUUUUGGUUACCUUUAGGUAUAUUCUUAUGCGGUGGUGGAAUCUUUUUAAUAUUAUUAAUCCGUGAAAUUUAUAUUAUUAUAUCUAGUGCAACUGAUUCAAAAAAAAAAUCCAGAGUAAAGCUAUUAAAGAUGGAACUAAAACCAAUGAUUUCAUUGGUUAUGUAUUUUUCGAUUUUAUUAUAUUUAUUUAUUUACGACCAAUGGGUUAAUAACCACAAGCAUAUAUACACUGAUUCGAUUCCAGACUAUGGUUUAUGUAUUGCCCAAUCCCAAGAUCCAUCCAAAUGUUUACUAAAGGCACCUGACAUUGCUGGAUUUGGUUAUUUCAUAUACAGUAUAAGAGUAUUUGGUAUCUACGCAUUUUUAAUCUAUGGUUUAUCGUCUAGAACUUUUAAAAUUUGGCAAGCUAACUAUCUCUUUAUUAAAAUUGGAAAGAGGAUUGAACAAUUUACUGGUAUUACUACUACUACAAUGGGCUCUUCAACUUCAAAUGGUAACUCAUCUGCCACAUCCAAUGCAAAUUCGAAAGCUGCUUCGGCUAUUGAAACUCCUGACGAUAUUGAUGGCCAAGACUCUGUAGAAUUAGAAUCUGAUGAGUAA